AUGCCCGAAUUUCCGACCGUCAACGGCACCGAAAUAUUUUCGCAGCCGCCUGUCGGCUAUGUUGUCGAUUUCAAUCAUCCUCAACAACACCUGGUGUUGGAACAUUACCUAGUGUUCAGCAUCGGUUGCCCUAUCGCUUUUAUCGCGUUGCUACAAAGAUUUUAUACCAAAAUUUGGUUAUCCAACGGAUUGAAGGUUGAUGAUGACUCGAUUACGGAAGGCGGGAUGUGCUCACAUGCUUGGGAUAUGCCGCUCACACGAUUUGAGUCUUACUUGCUGAUUACGUAUGUUGCGGGUCCGACAUUCGUUUUAUGCAAUGGUUUUAGCAAACUUUCGCUUCUAACGGUUUACCUUCAACUCUCGCCACAAAAGAAGUAUCGUGUCGCAGUCUGGAUGGGAAUAUUGUUUGUUGCCACCACUACGGCUGCAGUAUCCUUCACCAUGAUCAUUCGAUGCGCUCCAAUCAGGAAAGGAUUUGAUGUUCGCAUAGACUGGGGAACUUGUAUCGACGCCGACACACUUUACAUGUCCAACUCAGUCGCCAACAUCAUCACCGACAUCAUCCUAUUUGUUCUUCCAAUCCCAAUGAUAUGCAGCCUUCGCAUGGGUAUUGGGAAAAAGCUUGGGGCUCUGGCCAUGUUUGCCGUGGGCUCAAUGACUUGUGCAACCUCCGUAAUCAAAUUAAUACUCUUACCACGACUAUUAAGAAGCAGCGAUCCUUCAUGGGAUAGCGCCCCGGCAAACGUGUGGAGCUUUGUGGAGACAAAUCUGUUCAUCAUUUGCGGCUCCAUGCCGACGUUACGCAAGUUCGUCCAGCAUUUCACACCGAAAUCAGGAAGCGCGAGCUCCACCGAUUCCAAGAAACCGUACCUUAUACACAUAUCCGAUCCUAGUCAGCAAUCUGGACAGGUUACCAACCCAGAUCCAGAGAUGACGAGUUCACAGGAGAUGUACCAUGAGCAGCUUGUCAGCGGCUACAGGCUCCACCAAGGCUUGAUGGAUUUCAAAAGUUUGGCCAUGACAUCUGAGACCCCAGUAUCCUUAGAAGGGUACGCAUCCCCUCACAUUUGGGCUUAG